CAAGGGCUGAGUUCACGACCCCUCGAUAACCCCUAUCUCUUCGACUCUACGAUUCCGACAUGCCUCCCUCCGACUUUGCCAAGGCUGAUGUCGACGACAUCGUUGAGAAGCUCACCAUCGAGGAGGCCAUCCUCCUCACUGCUGGUGUCGGCUUCUGGCACACCCACGCCGUGCCUCGCCUAGGCAUACCCGCUAUCAAGAUGUCCGAUGGCCCCAACGGCCUCCGCGGCAACCACUUCUUCAUGUCCACGCCCGCCAAAUGUCUCCCAUCCGCGACCGCCCUCGGUGCUACCUGGGAUCGCGAGCUCAUCGAGGAGGUCACGCUCCGUCUCCUCGCCGGAGAGGCCAGGACCCGUGCCGCCCCGCUCGCGCUCGCGCCGACGUGCAACAUCCAGCGUAAUCCGCUCGGAGGACGUGCGUUCGAGUCGUUCUCAGAGGAUCCUGUGUUGUCCGGGACGAUCGCUGCUGCCUACGUCAAGGGCGUCCAAAGGGGCGGCAUCGGUGCCGUUAUCAAACACUAUGUCGCAAACGACAAAGAAAACGACCGCAUGGCAUACGACAGUGUCCUCAGCGAGCGUGUCCUUCGCGAGGUCUAUCUCAUGCCAUUCAUGCUUGCUCAAAAGCAUGCAAAGCCUUGGUGCUUCAUGACUUCGUACAACCGUGUCAACGGCACGCACGCGUCCGAAAACAAGCACCUCAUCCAGGACGUUCUCCGUAACGAGUGGGGCUUCGAGGGUCUCGUCAUGAGUGACUGGUUCGGUGUCUACAGCAUCGACCACGCCAUCAACGCCGGUCUCGACCUCGAGAUGCCGGGCACAAACAAGUGGCGCUCGCUCGACCUAAUGCUUCGUUCCAUCGGUUCGCGCAAGAUCACCGCGCGCACCGUCAAGGAGCGUGCCCGCAAGGUUGUCGAGCUUGCCAAGCGUUGUGCGACGGAGUGCCCCGAGAUUCUGGAUGGUGAUGGUAUUGAGCGUACCGUCGACCGCGACGAGGACCGUCAGCUCAUGCGCCAGCUCGCUGCCGAGUCGAUCGUCCUGCUCAAGAACGAGACCGGUAUUCUCCCUAUCAACCGCGGCUCGCUCAAGGGCAAGAAGGUCGCCAUCGUCGGUGGAAACGCCAAGGCGGUCGUUCUCUCCGGUGGAGGCUCUGCUGCUCUCAAGCCCUCGUACUUUAUCAGCCCCUACCAGGGUAUCACUGCUGCUCUUCCUGAAGGCGUCGAGGUGCUGUACAGCGAGGGUGCCACCACGUACAUGGAGAAGCCCACGCUCGACUACGAGAUGCUCACCGAGGACGGCAAGCCUGGCUGGACGGCCGAGUGGUUCGCGCACGAGAAUGACGAGAGUAUGACUGCCGUCGCGCAGCCGAUGGAGACGCGGUACGUCGAUGAGACGCGCAUCUUUAUUAGCACGUCGUAUCCCAACGGCAUCACCUUCCGCUGGACGCAGCGUCUCACGGGCUACCUCAAGCCUCGUGAACGCGACUGCGACUUCGAGUUUGGGCUAUCUGUCGCUGGUCGUGCCAAGCUCUACGUUGACGGCAACCUUGUCAUCGACAAUUGGACACGCCAGCGCCGCGGCACCUCCUUCUUUGCAAGCGGAUCCGCCGAGGAGCGUGGCACGUACCCGCUCAAGGCCGGUGUCAAGCACAAGAUCGUCGUCGAGUGGUGCAAUGUCCGCGCACCCGCUGACGGGGACGAGGAGCAGCAAGUCAUGGACACCAAUCCCGGUGUCCGUCUCGGCGGCUCCGAGGUUACCGCGCCCGACGUGCUCAUGGCCGAUGCCGUGGCGUUCGCGAAGCAGGCAGACGUCGUCAUCGCCGUCGUGGGUCUCAACGCCGACUGGGAGACGGAGGGCUACGAUCGCGACACGCUCGCGCUCCCCGGGCGGACGGACGAGCUCAUCGAGAAGGUCGUCGCUGCGAACCCGAACACCGUGGUCGUGACGCAGAGCGGGUCGAGCAUCACCAUGCCCUGGGCGGACAAGGUCAAGUCGAUCGUGCAUGCGUGGUACUUGGGCAACGCCACCGGCGAUGCUAUCGCAGACGUGCUCUUCGGCGAGAAGAACCCGAGCGGGAAGCUCUCGCUCACGUUCCCCAAGCGGCUCGAGGAUAUCGCGGCGCACGGCCACUUCCACUCCGAACACGGCAAGGUCUGGUAUGGAGAGGAUAUCUACGUUGGGUACAAGCACUUCCACCAACGCGGCAUCGAGCCCGCAUUCCCCUUCGGGCACGGCCUCUCGUACACCUCCUUCGAGUACUCGGGCCUCAAACUCUCCGCGCCCUCGGUAUCCAACGGCGAGUUCAGCCUCGCCGUCUCUCUCACCGUCAAGAACACGGGCACGCUCGCGGGCUCGGACGUCGUGCAGGCGUACGUGUCCAUGCCGAGCACGUCGGAGCUGAGCCACGUGCCGCUGCAGCUGCGCGGGUUCGCCAAGGUGAAGGACCUCGGCGCGGGGCAGAGCGCGCAGGUGAAGAUCGAGCUCGACAAGUACGCGGUGUCGUACUGGGAGGAGCGCAUCUCGCGCUGGGUCGUCGAGAAGGGCGAGUACGGCCUGCAUGUGGGUGCAAGUAGUGGCGAUCUGGCGCUCGGCCAGAAGUUUACGAUUCAGAAGGGCUUUGAGUGGAACGGUCUGUAAGGUGGACGCCGGUGCUCCAGGGACUCGGCGGGGAAAAUGGAAUAAGGAUUUUGCUGUAUACUGUACCAAUCAAAAUGGUGUAUUGUCAGCUGGCUGAAGGUCAAGACAUGUCGUCGUAAC